AGGGGUACCAGGAGAAGAACUAAUGGAACGUGUUCUGGAGAUCACCCUGUGGGACCUGAUACCGCAUAACGAACAUGCUUUCCUAGGAGAAUGCUCAGUGGAUAUCCAGAAAGCCUUCCUAGACGACAGAGCAGUCUGGUGCAGGCUGGAAGACCCUCGGCAGCUGCGCGGCAGAUCACCGCACACGUCACCGAGAGGUUCCAUAGCCGGUACCGGCAAAAGAUCAGAUUUCGGUAACCAAAGGAGCGUUUCGGACGACGUGGACUCCAUUGGAGAGUGUGCCAGUUUGUUGCAUCCGGACCACGCCUGGGGAUCCAGAAGGGGUUCCUCGCAAUCCGAGCAGCUCGAGGUAGAAGUGUACGAGCUCGGGAAAGACUUCUCCAGGUCCCUUCCAGGAUCAAGAAGGUCUUCAUUUCAAUCGGCUCAAGAACAGCAAGAGCAGGACAAACCUGCUGUUCCCCCACCACCUUCCUACAGCAGAGACAGAAGAAGGAGCAGCUGUACGAGGAUGUUGAGAGAUCCGGAAGAAAUUCUAAAAUCGCUGAAAGCAGUCAAAGGAGAGCUGGGUAGAACGAUGAGUUUGAGUGGAGAGAAGAGGCACAGACGGUCUACCAGCGGUGCCUCCAACAGGUCAGACCGCAAAGACAGCGUCCUCGAGGAGCCGCCCAAAGAGACCAGCCCCCCCUCCAGCCCUGAACGCACCUCCCCACCCCAACUGGGCCCCGGGCAAAUCAAACCGCGCGGCUUCCGCCUGUCGAGCACCCGCCCCGUCGAGAUCAAGCUCGGCCUCUUCAUGACCAAGGGCCAAUUGGAGGUGGAGGUCGUUUGCGUGCGCCACAUCCCCCCACGAGAAACGCCCCCCGACACCUACGUCAAGUGCUACCUACGAGACGGCGACCGAUGGCUGCAGAAGAAGAAAACCCGAGUCGUAAAACACUCCUGCGAGCCUCAAUUCAGACAAACCCUCAAGUACCAAGCCUGCGAUGUUCUGGGGCGCAGCCUGGUAGUCAUGUUGUGGGAGAGACAAGGAGGGUUCGAGCACAAUCAGGGGUUGGGAGGGGCUGAAGUAGGGUUGGAUUCGAUAGAGUUGACGCAUUUGUGCACGGGGUGGUACCCCUUGUUUCCGAUACAUUCGCUGGGGUCGGAUUCCAACGAUUCGCCUUGACCUGGGACUGACAGCAGCCCGACUGAAAGUCCUGCCGAAUGAGGGGUUUGUCUUCUGGGCUUUUUUCAUAGGAGCGAGUUGAACAGAAGUUUCGCGAAAGAACAGUUAUCUAGUCACAAUCGAUACUUAGUUAUUCCAACAAGUAAAAAAGUUGAUACUGAAUUUUACUUAAUAUUCCAGUUUAUUUCUCACGUUUCUUCAUGAAACGAUCUGUCUUUCUCGAAAUCUAUCAAAAAAUCACCAACUCGAUUUCUUUUGCUCACUACAUGAGGAACUGACUUUUAUCAGUAGGAAUUUACCUUUCAGGUUAUAUUUAAUUCAUUGCUCACGCGAGAACCGAUUGUUCUUUUCCAUAAACGGAAUAUUAUUAGUCAAAAAAGCAACAGAAUCUAAACCCUGAGAUGUGCCCGUUUGAAAUUGACAGCAGUGAAACAAAUGAAAAACGUUCUAACGCCUCUCGA